AUGCUUACACCGGCCUCCUUCCUCGUCGACGCCACCCAGGCGUUCCUGGCGGGCGCACUGCGGUGCCCGCCUAUCUACCCCGAGACGCUCCGCCAGGGCCGCGAAUACCUCACCGCACAGAUCCUGUCCGCAGAGUCCGAGGGCCACGCGGCGGUGGAGCAGGCAGCCUUGGCCCGGACCAACAUGGCCCUCCUCGAUGCCCGUGAAGGACGCCUCGACGACGCCCGCGACGCCAUCGUGCGCCUCGCCGCGGAGCGCCCAGGCGACACCACCUUGCGCCUCUUCGCCGCCGCGCUCUGCCGCGUGCUAGGCCGCCACGAGGAGGGGACCCAGUGGCUGCACGAUUCCGCCGUGCCUGACCUCUCCCGCCUCGAGCACAAGAUCCAGUUCGUGCAGGCCGUCCUUGUCGCCACGGUUGGCUCCGCACCGCGCGCCGUGGCGGGCUCGGAGGAGCUGGCCUUGGUCACCACGCUCGGGCUGCUCGAGAUGUCGAUGUGGUCCAUUUUCACGCAUGGUGAUCUGCCGGAGAGGCUCCAGGUGUUAGCGAUGAUGGCAUUCUUGCGGGGCGUCGUAGCGAGGAAGCUGCGCAGAGAUGAUGGACCAGCACCGAUGCAGGGAUCUUAG